AUUCUUGAGCGAAGUUUUUUUUACCUAUAACUAAGCAACUAAUAACUAUUAAAAAUGGCUAGAAGACCAGCUAGAUGUUACAGAUACUGUAAGAACAAGCCUUUCCCAAAAUCCAGAUAUAACAGAGCUGUCCCAGAUGCUAAGAUUAGAAUCUAUGAUUUGGGUAGAAAGAAGGCUACUGUUGAUGAAUUCCCAUUGUGUAUUCACUUGGUUUCUAACGAAUUAGAACAAUUGUCCUCCGAAGCUUUGGAAGCCGCCCGUAUUUGUGCCAACAAGUACAUCACCACCAUCUCUGGUAGAGAUUCUUUCCACUUGAGAGUCAGAGUUCACCCUUUCCACGUUUUGAGAAUUAACAAGAUGUUGUCUUGUGCCGGUGCCGAUAGAUUGCAACAAGGUAUGAGAGGUGCUUGGGGUAAGCCUCACGGUUUAGCUGCCAGAGUUGACAUUGGUCAAAUUAUCAUGUCUGCUAGAACCAAGGACAGCAACAAGGAUGUUGUUAUUGAAGGUUUGAGAAGAGCUAGAUACAAGUUCCCAGGUCAACAAAAGAUUAUUAUCUCCAAGAAGUGGGGUUUCACUCCAUUGAACAGAGAUGAAUACACUGCUAAGAAACAAAAUGGUGAAGUUAAAGAUGACGGUGCUUACGUUAAGUUCUUGUCCAGAAAAGGUGUUUUGGAACACAACUUGAGAGAGUUCCCAGACUACCAAUACCAAGCUUAAGUUUCUGACUGUAUAAUUAGUUAUGUAACUGUUAACUGAAUAUAUGUUCAUCCCAACAAUAAUCGU